GUUUUUCUUCCUAGUUUGAAGAUCUUGGAGCUGUUAUAUGUGGAGACUAUGGACUGUGAGUCACUAAGGAGGCUCAUUUCUGGCUGUCCUGUUCUCGAGACUGCUCAUAUGGACACCUGCUACUCAAACACGGAUGACAAAGGCACACUCACUGCUUCCUUGCGAUUCUUGAAGAAUCUGACGAUUGUUGGUUAUACUAGGGAGUUCUUUCCCAUCGCCAUUGAAGCACCGAGUCUUGAGCAUCUGCAUCUUAGGUAUUUUCUAGGGUUUCAAUUGUUGGGCAGUAGUCAAAUGCCAUACCUUGUUUCAGCACGGGUUGAGGGCCGAAUCUCAGAUGGUUGCUUGAUUGGUUUCCUCAACCAAAUCUGCAAUGCGAAGGAAGUGUGCUUAUCAUGGGAGACUCUGGCUCCUCUUGCAGCUGCCAAUGGUGAUGUCCAGCUGCCUAGCUUUCCCAAUUUGACACACUUGACAAUCAAAUCUGAUGGAUGCAGAAGCGGCCUUCUGCAUUCACUGCUCAACUCAGCCCCCAAAUUACAAUCUCUUGUUAUUGACUUGGUGAGUAGUAUUCAUUUGAGCACCAUAUGUACCCUUUUUAUCCCUAACUUUUAACUACUGUUAACAUGGGAUUUAUGAUGAAUGUGCUUGAGGUUUGUUUCAUUCAUGAUGGCCAGGGGCUUAACAGGAAUUUUUUUGCAAAGAAAUGGAAGUCGGAACCUGCCUGCACCCCCAAGUGCUUGUUGUAUAGCCUCGAGGAAAUCGAGAUCCAAGAUCUUCUACUGCAGAAGGACGAUAUGAAAAUGGUAGCAUAUUUACUAAAGUUUGGAGCUGUACUGAAGAAGGUGGACGUUUACUUGCAUGAAGAGGAUCUCGGGAGAGACAAAAGAGGGCUUUUAUCACUGCUGAAACUGCCGAGACGAUCAAGAGCUUGCAAAGUUCAGACUUUUCUUCUGGACGAGGAGUUCUAUGGCGAUAGCAACAACGAGUCCGAUUUUGACGAGUCUGAUGACUUUGAGGACAGCGACGAAUGAUGAUGAUUACAGCGAUGAUGGGACUGACGACGUGGACAAUGUGAUAGACUCAACUGAUGACGAGGUCGGUGUGUUUUGUUCAUGCGAAUCUGAAUUGUUCGGUUCAGGAUAAUCGUUGUUUCAAGCUCUUGCCUUGCUGUUAGUUGCCUAUCAGAUUAGUAGUGGUAAUCCAAGUUUGAAACAUUGUUGUUCUGUUAAGAGCAUGCAUUGUACUACUGCAUGAAGUAUUAGAAGUACUUUUGUAAGAGUGUCUUCAUUGCAAUUUCGAC